AUGCAGAAGACGAUGACUUUCUUCCCGGGGAAAAUCUGCGUUGUGUUCCGCAAGGGACCACUCGGAUUUCUCCUCCAGGAGCCAUCGAAGGAAGCCAGGAGAAUCAAAGAGGACGCCACUCUGCAGGACAAGUCUGCACCCACACGGGCAGACCUCGUACACCAGAAUGCCCUGGCUGUGGUCCGUCAGAGAGGAGGGGACGCCUCAGAUCGGGCAGAGGUGCUGGGGGACUACAUCCUGCAGUUUGGGAAAUACAAAGGGAAAUCUUUCCGGUGGCUUCUGGAAAACGACAUCGGAUACACAAUGUACCUGAUUAAAAACGUGGAGAAGGAGGAGGCAUCAGGCGUCACCGUGACUGCUGGACAUGCCAAGGACAGCCUGCAGUCAUUCGUCAAUUACGCCCUCGAUUUUGAUGAGAUCCAGUCUCUCCGAACCUAUGAGGCAAGUGGAGUUGGUGUUCUGGCAGCUUCAUCGGAAGAUGACCAGCUGGUUGGCUUUGGCACUCGUGGGAAAAGUACCUGGAAGGAGAUUUGGGACAGCAGAGCUGAUGGCUAUGCGGCCUUCGUUUUGGGGAAGGUCUGCGUCCCAGGUACGCGCAUGUUUAAGCUGCAGCAGUACCUGCAGAAGAGGCAGCGAUCGGCCUCAGCUUCCCCACCCGAGGAACAGGCUGCAAGUGUCUCCAAACCCAUGGGUAAAUUAAUUAUUAUAUAUUGUUAUUUGCCACAUCUGAUGACAUGUGACUAAUACUUUAAACCUAUCCUAAUUUGGGUGAACUUAUUCUUUUUUGUACCCUGUAAUAUUUGUUUGGACCACAGCGAUGGACGAGGAUGAAGAGCUGGAGAGUGCCAUGAUGACCAUGAAAUCCUCCAAACCACACGUGCGGACCUGUAAGUGCGCUUUUAUCACACUGACUAAUUGUCAAAACUGACGGUGGCAAACUCUGUGUUGUAUCUGACAUCUGUUAUUUCCCAUUUUCUGUUCAUAACCAGUUGUUGCGCCAGCAGCAUCCACACCAGCAGCUGCCAUACCAGGAGUGUUCCCAGGAGUGUCCCCAGGAGUGUCCCCAGGAGUGUCCCCAGGAGUGUCCCCAGGAGCAAAGACAGGUUUUUAAACAACGGGUUUCAGGAGUACAGUUCAUAUUCAUGAUGACUUGUCUCUCAAAACUGAACCUCAACUUUAACUAUUUCUUUGUGUUCUUUGUGUUCUUUGUGUUCUUUGUGUUCUUUGUGUUCUGGCCAUGUUCUGGCCGUGUUCCUUUAAUAAUACUGUUAGCUGGUGUUAUAAAAAACUGUCCUAAGGACUAUGAAUUGAUCACUGCCAUGAUGAAUUGAUGGCAAACGCCGUGAGGGUAAGUAAGCAAUUUCUUUUCUACGCAUGUUGUAUUAAAAGAGAAACAUAUGAACUAGCACUUAAAUGCAUGCGUGUUCAUUAAGUCAUAAUGCUCCUCCUGCUUAGACUAGAGAGUCGUGAUUAGUACUUUAAGUUUGUUUGGUGUGUCUAUAACAAUUUAACAACACUAAUUUUGAGAAGCAGGAGAAGUAAGCUUGACUGAUUAAUUUCCUACUAACAAAAACAUCUGAAUAUUUUGUGAAUUUUGAAAUGAUUGAUUAUUUUGGCUCUUCUAGUUCCAUCUGCAACGCUGUCCAAACCUCUGCUGACCACUGCUUCUGAACUGCAGGCCUCACAGGAUGAAGGUAAAAAUAUUGUAAUACCGUUGCUGUAUCAGAAAUAGAAUCUAUACUCGCUGAAGUAGCUAGUUUUCUUUACACAUACAAGGAACUCUGCUCCAUUACACUAUAUUGUUUAUACACAAGCCUACAUACUACAAGAGAACAGAUUGAUGUCGGGUAAGAGGGAUAAUGAUAUUAACGUUAUGAAGUGUAAAAUUAUCACAUAACGUAAUCAAUUGUGUUUAUUGCAAUUUCACGAAAUUAAUGAUGAGCUUAUUCACUUUCCUGCAGCUGCAUCAACCUCGUCCGGUGUGAAAAGGAAGAGAUCCGUGCCCCUUCCACCAGAGCUGGCUUUCCUGAUCAAGGAGACUACUGGUCCCUCACCACCUGGGAGUCUUGAGUCAACUCAAGGUACAGGAUGUUUCUAUUCUAGUGUAGGACUGAUGUUCACAUCUGCUUAAUGCACAGCUGACUUAACUGAGUAGAAUCCUCACAAUAUCUUUAUAUUUCAUCAUCAUGUCUUUUUGAAUAUAGCCCGUACAAGUGCAUGACAGAAAGACUGCUUUCUCUUUUCAGAACCUAGCACAAGUGCUGCUUGCACCUCAGCACAAAGUGGAGUCAAACCUAAAGCCACUGCUGGAGAUGGUAAGAAUGUAGAGAAUGUAAACAUUCCCUCAAUUUUUCUGACUCCUGAUACUAACAUGCUAUGUUGAUUUUGCUUUAAACCAUGCAACCUUUAAUAAUUAUCUGUAUCAAAAUAAUCACUUGUGUUCUAUUGUCUUAUUUUUAUCCUAGUUUCCUCAGCUCAGCCCCCUCCUCCUGCUCCUGCUCUUGUUCCUGUUCCUGCUCCUGCUCCUGCCCCUGCCCCUGCUCCUGUGCCUGCGCAUGAUCAUGAUAUGAGCAGCUGGAGCUGUUCUCAUCACCAAAAGCUCUGGAUGAGGACAGAGCUCCAGGAUCUUGGGCUGUGGCCUGGGUCUCGCCCAGUUCGUAACCCAGGGAACGCAGUUUCUUUGUGGCGUCUUCCUCCACAACCUGAGCUGUUGGAUUCAGUGGCUGAGCUCCCGUCCCCCAACUUCUUCCAGCUCCACCCAUUUUUUAUCUGGAAACCUGAGAGUCACAUCAUGGUCAGGCUGAGAAACAAUUAUAUCCUGCCCUGUCUCCACGGCUGUCCUCAUCCUCAGGUGGUCUCUGCAGGAGUGGGCAGGCCUCGAGUUGUUGUUGGCACCAGCGGGCAAUAUUUUAUCUUCUCCUCUCGACUCUGCUGCAAGGCCUGUCGAAAGACCUGGUUCGCCGACAGUCCACGAUGGCUUGACAAACUUCCCAGGCGCUUCACCAACCUUCUGCCUGCAUUUCUGACUUACAAGAAAGCCAUCUGUAAGUCUGUCAUGGAUGAGCUGAGACGCACCGGGAAGUCACCAACAGACAUGGCCAACCAGGUGAAUGAGCUCAUGCACCUCAAGUAUGAGCGAGCUCACCUGGCAUACCUCCAAGCCAUCGAGAGUCUGAGAGAUGCUGAGGCUGGAGUGCACGGUCAGAGAACCAUCGGACAGUUCCUGAGGAAGGACAACCAGCCACGCGCUUUUGGGCCAUACGACGAGCAAGAUGGCUGGGCUGGAGUCUCUGUGUCCGGGUUCUACCUGACUGACUGCCUGCUGGAGGAGUUCAAACGCCAGGAGCCAGCAUUGUCCAGGCUUCUUCAGGGAACAUUUGGGCGUGUUUUCAGGUCUGACCACACCAGGAGAGUGGCAAGGAAGGUGACCUUAGCCUCAGGAGUCAUGUCCAGUUAUGCCGUGAUGAACGAGCACUGGCUCAUUGUCUCCUGGGUGAUGGUUCAGUCUGAAAGCGAGAGGUCCCUGGAGCUGAUGUACGAGGGGGUGGCGAAGAGGUACAGCGACGCCGGAGUGGAAAAAGCAGGCUACCACUGGGUGGACAGGUGAGCAGAGCCAUCAGCUGUUUUCAGUUUCAUUCAAACUAACUAACUAACAAACUAACUCAUUCAUUUAUUUUUGAUUCAAUUUAGUGUCUAGUUUUAAUUUUAAUCCUUCUGUGUCUUUGUGCCUUACAUUAGGGAUUGCUGUGCUGCAUUUAAAAUCGCUGACAGCAGCCCUUUUGAGCAUCUGGACUGGGAUGCCUGGAAGACCACCCCAUCCAUUAUUGCCGGAGCGACCUCUGGAAGUCUUGUGAACACCUGUGCCUCACGUUCACAUUACAAUGCUGGCAUUGUUGUGAAACUGGACUUGUUUCACUGCCUGAGGCGCUUUUCCAGGGAGUGCACCUCUGAGCAUCACCCUCUGUACAGCACCUUCUGCCAGCUGCUCUCCGCUGCCUUCUCUGUUGUGGAUCAGGAAGACUUAAAAAGCUUCAGGAUGCCUACAGGUUCUGCGGUAUUCAUCCUGCAAAUCCCACGAAACAGCACAUACGGGAGCACUGCAGGAUUAAAAUACCCAGACCAACAGAGCUGCUGGACAGAGUGGAGAGGGUCCUGAGUCACUUCCACCUGGCGACGGACCCUAACAACGUCCCACUCUUCAAGGCAUCCAUGCUGAAGACGUGGCGGAUCCAGAGAGUCCACAUUCUCCGUGGGUGCCUCAGUGACCCUGAACUCUCGGAGGGCAUAAUGUAUAGGUACGGAGGCACUCUUCAGCUGAACCACGUACCUGGUGAAGGUGCCAAAGUCCCUAUCUGGAUCCCUGUCAGAGGCACGUCACAGCAAGAGGGGUACCAUUUCCACCAGGCUCAAUGGGUCACUGGCACGAACGUCUCCCCUGAAUUGUUCCAGGCCCAGGGCAUGACAGGGGUAGCCCGGUGGAACUACCAGCGGCUGGUGGAUCUUAAACAGCCAGGUGUCAUCCUCCCCGCUGUUUUUGACCCAGCUCUGAUGUGCGAGCUGAACGCUGCGUCUAUGCGAGUGACAGGGCAGGAGAAGUAUCCGGCAUUUCUCCUCUCUGACAGGGACACUGGAGAGAGGUUCGGCCUCCAGUACAGCGAGCCAGGCUGCCGUCCUGUCCCGCUGGACUGGGACAAGCACAGGACGCUCAAGAGGGAUCAGCCUGCUGCUCAGAUGCCGCCGCCGCCUCCCCUGCAUACACCUGCUGCUCCUGCUGAGGAACAAGCUCACGAUGUGCCAUUCUCUGGACCGGCACCAUCCAUCCGCCCUCCAGUCUCUGCUGGUGCUCUGCCAAGGCAGGAGAUGCCACCUGAAGAAGUUCAGGGUCCUUCAGCAGCAAGGGGUAAGCCAGAAUCAGAAAUGAUUUAUUUAUCCCUGCAGGAACAUUACAGUUACAGAACAUUACAGACAUUACAGUUGCUUGUCAUAAUAUUGUACUAAAAUAACAUGAUUAACUGAGGAACUAUUAUUGCUUUAUGUGUUCCAGAAAUCUCACAUGCCCUCCCCCUGCCUGUGAGUGCCUCCCCACGAAGUGCCCGCACUGGUCCCAUAAAAACUGGAGGCAGAGUUUUUGUGUUGGACCACACACGCUGGACAGCGCCCAUGAAGGUGGCAAUCGAUAAACUGCUGCAGAAGCACCACGGCCGGAAGGACAGCCUGAAGCUUGUGGAUCAGGAUUAUGCUGAGAUGGUCCAUCAGUCAGCCACGGAUCCAAACAGCUUGCUGCACCCCACCACCAAGCUCCACAUAUCUAGAUAUGUGAGGCACCUGGCAAAGCUCCUUAACACCAGCUCCUCCUUGAACACUAGCCCGGAAAAACUCGAGGAAACCCAGCAGCUGUGGCACUCUUUAACAGAGGGGAGUGUCACGUCUAGCGUUCCUGUGGUCACCAUGGAGGCGGCUAUUGUCAGGCCCCCUACACCUGCCCUGCCCACACCUCUGACCCAAGACUCCCUGGAGAAAAUUGUGGAGGGCAUCUUGGAAAAACAGCAGCAGUAUCAGCAACAACAGCCCCAGCCAGAGCAGAAGAAAAGGCAGACAAAGACUUGUCUCGCUUGCGGACAGCCCAAGUCUCGAUACGAGACCGAUGGAUCCUCGGUCCACUUUUUUUACCAGCAGGGGCCCGUCCGCUAUUUCUACUGCUCAAAGAAAGUGCAUCAAAGCUAUGCUGCUGAGGGGCUUUCAGAUGCCAAGAUGCCCUUCGAGGAGUUUGCGCAGACGGAGUUUUUCCAGAGGGAGCUGGAGGAAACAAAAAAACGGGUGGAGGAGAAAAAAAGGAAACAGCCAGACGCACAUCAAGCUGGCCGCCUCUGUCGGUUCUGUCAGCAGGGACUGAAACAGGGGCCAAACAGUCCUCACGUUCAUACUGGCUUCCCAGGAGUGGCAGGGAAAUAUAUUUACUGCCCUUCGAAGGUGCUGUCUCUAUAUCGCAGCAAGGGAAUGACCAGGGAGCUGAGCUGGAAGGAGUUUUGUGGGUCUCCUUUCUAUGAGAUGGAGAAACAAAGAUGGAAGGAUGAAAGGACAUAG